AUGUCGGAAACAGAAUUUCAAGAAAAAAAAGUAGAAAAUGUAACGUCUGAUUCACCAGUUAGUGCUGAUAGCCCAACGCUACCACUUCCCCCUCCGCAACAACCUUCUUCUGAGAAUAAUGAACUUAAAAUAAAGCAUACAUCCAAGGAACCGCAAGAAAAGAGUGAAGAAACCAAGGCCUCAUCAAAAAGAAGAAAGGAAGUUAACAAUCCAUUUGGAUUUGUUGUCCCCCGAGCGAGAAGUUAUGUUCAUUGGGAAGAUCCAACGUAUUCAGGAGCAGUUCUAGGGUUGGGUCUAUUACUUGUUAUCUUUACCUCUCAAGUUUCUUUGUUCAACACCUUCUGUGCAUUGGCCGUUAUCGUGUUGUCCGCAAAUUGGAUAUAUGUACUAGGCAGGAAACAAUUCCAGGUUCUACUCAACAAAGAGAAUGUCAGUCCAUAUGAACAUUGGUUUGAGGAAAAACCGUGGUACAUUGAACGUUCUACAGUUGAAAAAUAUCUUGAUACAGCUGUUGAGGGUAUCAACUUUAUACUACAAGAAAGUCAAAAGAUCGUUCUAGUUGACGAUCCAAUGAGAACUCUAAAGUAUAUCUUUUUGUUCUACCUUGCAUGGACAGUCGGAGGAUGGUUUAGUCUCCACACCAUAACAGCGAUUGCUCUUAUUUUCGGGUUUACUAUCCCUCCGGCAUACCAACGUCACAAUGUACUUGUUGAUGAGAAACUUGGAAAAGCACGAGAGAUCUUUAAUGCCAACUGGGAACGUGCUACCGGAACCCUUAAACAUCAUACUAAAGGUGCCGUUGAGAAAGGCAGAUCUUUCGCUGCUGAAAAAGGUUGGGUCUCAAAGGACGUAUCGAAAGAAGAAUAA